AUGGCCAAAGACUGUCGGCAACCCAAGAGCGAGGUGCAUCGGCAGUUCCCGGAGCUCUGCGGCGGCAUCGUCGCCUUCGCGGACCUGCGCCUCGGAAAGGACGUGGAGCCGGCCUUGAAGUACUACAAGGCGAACCCUUUGGUGAAAGGCAUACGUCACUCCUUGGCCUUCUGCGAAGAUCCGCUGAUUCGUGGUGGGAGCUGUCCCCACUGCAACAAAGGGACGGCCUAUGAUGAGAAGUUCCGGGAAGGCUUCGCGCUGCUGGAGAAGUACGGCUUCGUGUACGACUGUUGGCUCUUCCACGAGCAGAUCGAUGCGUUGGAAGACCUGGCGAAGGCCUUUCCAAAGACGACGAUCAUUUGCGACCACAUGGCCUACCCCCUGGGCCUGAGUCCCUAUAAGAAGGAAGAGGUCUUCCCCGUCUGGAAAGAGUCCAUGGCACGCCUGGCCAAGGUGCCGAAUGUCAUGGUGAAGCUCGGCGGCUUCGGCAUGCGCUGGGUGGGCUUCGGCUUCGACGAGCGUCCCACGCCCGCCAGCAGUGAAGAGCUGGCGGACGCCUGGAGACCUUACAUCUCGCACUGCCUCACCCUCUUCGGGGUCGACCGAUGCAUCAUGGAGUCGAACUUCCCGAUGGAUCGCAUCACCUGCAGCUACACCGUUUGUUGGAAUGCCCUGAAGAAGUGCGUGCGGAACUAUUCGUUGGAGGACCGCCAGAAGCUGUUCGAGCUCAACGCCCGGCGUGUCUACCAGCUUUGA